AUGUACGACCGCACCUCUCCUGGACUUACCCUCCACCUUCGGUACAUGCAUAUCCAGCUAGAUCCAUCCUCCACUAUGUAUGAUGGACCCCCUCGACCGGAGGACGGCACGAUCAGCUCGGCGCCUGAAGGCUAUCAUCUCGGCGCACAGCGAACGCCCAAGGGACCCAAGGCGCGUCGGGAGUUCCUUUGGAGACCUCUCUGCCCAGGAGACUACUGGAAGGUCCCGAAGGGGAAGACGCAAAUAACAGAUGCGAUCUUGACCAAAACUCAGGACCUGGUGGACAAGACGAAGGAUAUGAUGCUCGCUACUGGAGAGCUCUUCCAACCAGUAUACGAAGCUCAUCCGAUCGAUCCGGCUGCAGAUGGGACGGCCGAGAUAUACUCCUUCCCGCUCUGGCAGCGAGCUACGGCGGUCUACUACCAGCUCGCCUGCCGCCUUCCGUACCUCGCCCAGGUCCAGAGCCUCGCUCUCGUUUACCAAGCUAUGGAAUACAAGAAUAAAGUCGAUGGUUCGCUGCGCGAGGCCAUGAAGGAUCUCCAUUAUCGUCUUCUGAACGCGCCAGUCGUUAGCCUGGGCGAGGCAGUCAUGUUUGCGCGCGAGCACAAGAAGCAAGCGGACAGUCAUAUGACGAACACAGUGGCGCUUGGUACAGCUGUCGCCCGAUACGUCCACGCCAUCACGGUCCUCCUCCCCUGGUUUCCGUCCGAAUACUACAUGGCGCCCUGGGAGGCAAGAUUGAACGGGGUUGGCGGACUCCUCGUCAAGUGCAAUAUCAACCUCGCGAUGGUCGCAAUGCAUGCUCUGCAAAAUUACGGCGUCGCAGCCCAGAUACUGGGAACCAUAUCAUCGCUGGCAUGCUUAUCCAACUGGGAGAAGGCGAAGAUACUGCAUCUCCAGAGCAAAUGCGCCACCCAUAUCCAAGCAGCCUGCGCCAAACCAUUACCCGAUCCUAUCGACCAGGCCGCUAUUUUCGCUGCCAAACGAGACACAUACCUCGUCACGCCCCUAGGCCAGCUCGCGGACGAGCCCUGGAUCGGCGACUUCUCCCCCGAGCGGUUCUCGAAGCACUACCUCGCGCUCCGAGCGGAAUGCGAUCUAGACCACGAACGAUCACAGAUCAGGCCUAGGGCCAGGAGACGCGUCGAGGUGGAGAAGCCGGACUCCCCGAUGGCCAAGUGGCACACCUCGAUAAAGUGGUACCAGGUGAUUCAGGAGCAGCUGGAGGGUGCGGAAGACGAUGCAGAGGGCGACCUGGCGGCCAAUAACGCGCUCCGGCGGUCGGGAUAUGUCUCCAAGACUUCCUGGCAGUGUGGCGAACGUGUAGUCACCGUCAGAACAGACAGCACAUGCUCACGUGAUCACUCCUCAUCUCCUCGCUCGCCCGCACCCUCUUUCAUCGCGUUCCUCGCGACCUCCCCCAGGUCGAACCCCAUGACGACCCCCAACCCCUCCCCUUCCAAGGCGACGAUCUACUCCGAGUCCUCUCGCGGCCUCACCAUACACCUCCGAUGGAUGCACUACGAUCUCGACCCCUCUUCACCCCAUUUCCGUCGCCAUCGGCAUCGGCCAUAUCAUACCGUCAUUGCAAAUGAAGAGGAACGGUGCGAUUUCGCGGUACAGCGGCUCCCUAUCGGCGAGGAGUCGCGACACAAGUUCUUGUGGGCUGCCCUAUUCUGUGCGGACUGGGAUGCGAGAGGGGAUGCAAAAGCGAUCAUUAUGGGGAUAUACGAGAGUGCCGCGGCGGAGAUCGCGAAAGCAGAGGAUGUGAUGAGAGGGGCGGGACCCAUCUUCCAGGACAUAUACGCCGACUGGUGCGCAGAUAUGCUCAGGGACGAGGAACACGCCGGCGAUAUCCAAACCUCACCCGCCUAUCAAGAAACCACCUCCGUCUAUUUUCAACUCGCAUCACGUAUCCCAUACCUCCGUCAAGUCCAAUCCCUCAUGGUCGCCUGUAAUGUCGCCGGACUCAACCACACAGUAGCCGAGCCUAUCCGAGAGGCCGUCACGGCGGUAUGGUAUGACCUGAAUGAUACACCGGAUCUCAAUGUUGCGUCGUCGAUGGAUCUGGCGUAUGGCUACAAGGAUAAAGGCGACAAAGCGGCGGAGGAAAAUGACGGACCUGGAGCAGUGUCCAACUACGUCCACGCCAUCAAGGUACUCCUACCUUGGUAUCCGAGCGAGUACUGGAUCGCUCCCUGGGAGGCAAGGGUGCUUGGGCUGGGCGGCUUAAUUGUCAAACUCAACAUCAAUAUCGCAAUUGUUCUUCGGUCAUUCUUUGGCAAUUUCAAGUCCGCCUACCAUAUACUGGACAACAUCUCCUCCUCGGUCUGCGCGACCAACUGGGAGAAGGCCAAGAUCCUGCAUUUACAAGGCGACUGCCUACUCGAACUCACUGUAGGCGAGGUCCCCGUCAACGAGUGCGAGUGGGAACUCGACCCCGACCCCCUACCCGACAUCCACUACCUCGACCUCUUGAGACGGCGAGACGGGUACCAGCAACACCCUCUGGGCCGACUCGCCAAUCCCACCUGGAUCACCGACUUCUCGCCCAUGGAGUUCAUCGGUCACUACCACGAGCUCGCCCUACGCAGCCUGGGACAACGAAAUCGCCCAUGGUACAUGUACGACCGGACGGAGGCUGCUUUGCGGGUAUGUCAGUGGAUCAAUCGCAUGAAGACGCUACAUGUGUCGUGGGCGGUUGAUGUGAAGAAGGAGCCGGUGGAGUGUAGGGAUUUGGAGGUGGAGAAUGCGAUGAUUGAGGAGAAGGGGCGGUCGGAGUUUUGGGAUUUUAGGACAGAGUAG